AUGGGCAAGAAAAGACGUGGCCCUUCGCUUGAAGAGCUUCUAGCUCGUCCGUGGUGCUACUACUGCGAGCGCGACUUCGACGACCUCAAGAUCCUCAUUUCGCAUCAGAAAGCCAAGCACUUCAAGUGUGACCGAUGCCAGCGCCGAUUGAACACCGCAGGAGGUCUGUCUGUCCAUCUGAGUCAAGUUCACAAGGAACAACUUACCGAGGUGGACAAUGCGCUGCCCAACCGAAUGGGCCUCGAUGUGGAAAUCUUCGGCAUGGAGGGUAUCCCCGAGGAUGUGCUCAAGGCUCACCAGCAGCGUGUUGCCACACAAUUCCAGCAGGCCGAGGUGGAGCGACAAGCCGUGACUGGAAACCCUCCUGCUGGCGCUUCCGCUAAUGGACAGCCGGCCAAGAAACCCAAGCUUGAGGCUGCUUCGGAUCUUAAGAAGCGAUUGGCUGAACACAGGGCCAAGCGCGCUGAGGCGCUUGCUGGAGGUAGCAGCGGUGAUGUAACCCCCACCAGUGCUGGACAGUCGGCGACGCCCACUGGAUUCGCGCAAUCUCCUCAGGCCGCUGCAACUCCCGCUCCGGAUCAGCAACAGUCUUUCCCCCCGGCCUAUGGCAGUGCCGCUGCCGCUCCCGCGUUUUCGUUCCCUCAGACCCACCCCGGUCAAUUCCAACCUUAUCCCGCCAACGGAAACCAGCCGCUUGACAUGCCAGUGCCCCAGCCUUACGUGCCGAACGGGUACCCACAGCCAUUCCCCGCGAUUCCUGGACAGCCCCCAACUUAUGGAGCUCCUCCAUCCUUCCUUCAGCAACCUACACCCCCCGAACACAGACCGAGUGCCUUGCCAGCUGCCUCGAACCUCCCACAACGUCCCACAUUCGGCGCACCUACGGUCAACGCGCACCAGAUGCAACAGAUGCACAUGGGCCAUGUCCCACAGUCGCAGGCAACUCCAGCCUAUAAUGGAGAUGGACCAGUCUCCCAGUCUGUUGACGAUCUGAUUUCAGGAGCAGCGAAUGCCGCAGCAGCUUCCAAACCGACAGAGGGGGUUGAAAAGCCAGCCAAGAAGGACAAGUCGAAGCCUUCGGGGCACAUGAUUUACUCCCAUGAAACUAUCAGCCCAGAAGAGAGGAUGGCCGAGCUUCCCCGAUAUGCAUUCGUUCCGGAUACCACGUCACAAACCGUCCUCGGCGAGGUCCCCCCCGCCGUAGUUGUCGGAGCCAUCCAAACGUCCGACACGGUGCUCGACCCGGCCCGUUAG